CUACGUACUCCGCAUUCCUUACCACCCUGUCGAGAAGUACAUCAAGUGAGAGGACCCAAUGGCAGAGGUAGGCGGUCCGCGCGGAGGGGAGGGCAUGUUUCCACAUCUCUACAAUGAGUUCAAGCUGGGCAAGGACGAGGUGGAGAGCGUGCAAUCUUGGGAGAGGGGGCUUGAUGGAUGGGACUCGGCUUUGCGGGCAGCAGCGGCAUGGCUCGCUUACUGAUGAUUAUAUUGGAUGGUGAUUGCAAGAUGACAAUGCAUAU